AUGUCAGAUUUAGUUCACGACAUUGAACUAUGCUCUGCCGAAAUACUCGAUAAAAAUCGCUUCCAAUCGGUCGGAUUUUUACUAAAUGUUAACAAUCCAAUUGAUAUUCCUUUUGGAACUAAGCUCAAAUAUACCUGCAAAGUUAAGGAGAUUAACAAAGACAAAAUUACAUUUAGCGCUGUUAUAUCUGAUGCAUUUAACGAUACUACUUUUGCGACUGGAGAGCAUAUUCGUGCUGUUAUAGGACUUAUGGAAUGA